AUGCAGGAAGAGAUGGAAAUGAAAGGCGGAAGUGCUGUACGAUUAGGGCCAGCAGAGAAUGGGCCUGGUGCUGGUAGCGUGGCCUAUCGCCAAAAGCAGCAAUUGGAGAGGUAUCUCAGCUUUUUCUCGUCACUCGCGUUCUCUGCAACGCUGCUUGCCUCUUGGGAGUCCGCCGGCGGCAGUUUACAGGCAGGGCUGCUCAACGGGGGCCCGGCAGCUAUCGUCUACGGCAUUAUUAUUAGCACGCUGGGUAACCUGGCCAUUGCAUGCUCUCUCGCCGAGCUCGCCUCUGUACACCCCACAGCCGGCGCCCAGUACCACUGGAGCUACCAUCUUGCUCCACGCUUCCGUCGCUUCAUCAGCUUCUUCCAAGGCUGGGUGACCGUCUUCUCCUGGUCCGCGCUCGUCUGCAUAUCGCCCUACUUCAUCGGUUCCCAGAUCCAGGGGAUGGUCGCUCUAGCACACCCAGAAUACGAGGUCGUGAGAUGGCGCAGCACACUGCUGAUGUGGGCAGUGGCCUUGAUUCCUAUCGUGAUUAACAUAUUUGCACGGCGCGUGCUGGGUGCCAUCGAGGUCGCCGCGGGCAUCAUGCACAUCGUCUUCCUGCCAGUAACCAUCGCCGUAUUUGUCAUUCUGGCCCCUCGCAACCCGAAUGAGUUCGUCUGGAAUACGUUUGUCAGUCUUGGUGGCUGGAAAAAUCCUGGCGUAGCAUAUUCGGUUGGUCUACUGGGGGUCAUUACGCCCUUGUCUGGCGUCGAUGGCGUAAUUCACAUGGCUGAAGAAGUCAAGAACGCCAAAACGGUCGUCCCGCGCUCUAUGAUCUAUGGCACCCUGAUCAACGGCAUCCUCGCCUUCGGCUACCUCAUCGCCAUCCUCUACUGUAUGGGUGACUAUAUGGAGGCACUGCAGAGCCCAACAGGUUACCCCAUUAUCACAAUUGCCUACCAAGCAACGGGCUCCAAAGCCGCCACGUUCGUCCUUAUGGCUAUGGGUAUGUUGCCGGGGUGGAUUGCGCUAUUCAAUGGUCUCGCAUCUGUGACCCGUCUAGCGUGGGCAUUUGCGCGUGAUAACGGUCUGCCGUUCUCUGACUUCUUUGCGCGCGUCGACCCCCGCUUCAAAAUCCCUAUCCGGGCUCUUUUCCUAGUUGCCUCCUGCAUUGUCGUGCUCUCAUUCAUCCAGAUCGGCUCCAGCACUGCAUUCAACGCUAUCCUCUCCCUCAGCACCUUGGGUCUCUACAUCUCCUACCUGAUCCCCCUGUGGCUGCUCGUCUACAAGCGACUCACAUCUCCCACUGAUAUACCAAAGGGGACGUUCAGUCUCGGAAAGCUGGGACUCCCCAUGAAUCUUUUAGCGAUUCUGUUUGCGACGUACUUUGUCAUCUUCCUUCCGUUUCCGCCACUUCUGCCGGUAACGGGGGAGAACAUGCAGUACGCGGGGCCGGUGCUAGGUUUUGUUAUGCUUUUUGCGAUUGGGGACUGGAUUGUUCGGGGACGACAUAGGUGGGAAGGCCCAACGGUUAGUUUGAGGGCGUAUGACAGGGAGUAA